AUGUUUAAUAGAAAUGAAAUUUUGAAUGUUGAAUAGAUCUUGAAUUUUAAUAUUAUGAUUAUUAUUUUUAUAUCGUUUUUUGUGGCUAUAGCAGAGCAAACAGCAUUCUAUGGCAAUACUUUAAACAUCUUCAAAAAUUAUAUCAACGUUUAACAAACUGCUACAUCUUUUUUGAAUAAAGUUCAUGAACGUUCUGAAUAACAUGAAGAAAUAUUCAAGAAAUUUUUAUCUCUAUUAGAAAGAGUAUUAUCAUAUAUUAUAUUUAGAUAGAUGAUUUAUAUGAUCAAUAAGAAAAACUAUUGAUAUUUAAUGAUGCCAAUAUUGAAUAUGUUUUAAAAAAAACUAGGAAAAAUUAUAAUGACAAAAUUAAUCAAAUAUCUGCCAAUAUUGAUAAAAACUCAGAAUAAUUAGAAAAAUUAGAAAUGAAUCUAUAAAAGAAUAAUACUGCUUCUUAAAAAAUUAUUGAAGAUUUAAGAAAUCUUUCAUCCUUAAUUACAGAAGUAUUAAAGGAUAAUUUUAGUUUAAACUAUUAAAAAGUAAUACCUUUCCUAAAUGAAAAAAUCUAAUAGUAAUAUUUUAGUUAAUUAUAAAAAUUAAAAACAUUAGACUAUUAAUUACUAGUUAAAGAAUUAGAAAAAUAUUCAUCAUAUAUAUCACAAUAAACAAUAAAAGAAAGCAAAAAAAAGGAUUUAGCAAAUUGUUAUUCACUAAUUAAUAGUGUAAUAAAAUAAGCCUUAAUUUUAUUAUUAUCAGAGUAGCAAUAAUAGUAAUAUGAAGCUUCAAUUAAAGGCUUGAUAAUUAGAGAAGAUAACAAAUAGUUAACACAAUAAUUAUAAUAAAUAAAAAGAUUAAAACGCUUAUUUGAAGAUAGUUAAGAAUUCAAAAUUACUUUAAUGAAAUAAUAUAGAGAAAAUAUUAAAUUUGUUUAAUUUAAAAAGAAAUAGUUUAGAGAACAAGCGAGAAAGAUUAUAGAAGUAAAUGAAGAGAAAACAAAAAUGUUUAUAAAUGAAGAAAAUAUAUUAAAUUAAUAUAUUUAAUGA